CAUCAAUUUACGGCAGCUACAUUUUGCCUCAAAUCGUGUGUCAAAGUUUGAGUAUUUUAUCUCGGAGUAAAUAAAAAAUAUAUACAAAUAUAUAUUUGAGGAAUGUUGGCCAAAAACGCCCAAGCUCGCAUAUAAAGUAAAUUAGCAGCGAGACAAUCUCGGCUGACUUAACAUCUCUGGCGGACGCUGGACGGUCGAUGGUUUCCUGUGCGAUCACGACAACAUUUAAGACUUGACAUUGGAAGUCGUGUUGAAAUCUCGUCGCCAAGAUGGGAGAACGAAAAGGAACAAACAAAUACUACCCUCCGGACUUCAAUCCGGCCAAGCAUGGGUCCCUCAAUGGCUACCACAAAACCCACGCUCUCCGCGAGCGCGCCAGGAAGCUGUCGCAGGGCAUCCUCAUCAUCAGGUUUGAGAUGCCGUACAACAUCUGGUGCGACGGCUGCAAAAACCACAUCGGCAUGGGUGUUCGCUACAACGCGGAGAAGAAGAAAGUGGGCAACUACUUCAGCACGCCCAUCUACAGGUUCCGGAUGAAGUGCCACCUGUGCAUCAACUACAUCGAGAUGCAGACGGACCCGGCGGCGUGCGACUACGUCAUCGUGAGUGGCGCCAACAGGAAGGAGGAGCGCUGGGACAUGGCGGAAAAUGAGCAGAUCCUCACCACGGAGCGGGAGGAAAAGGAGAAGCUGGAGACGGACGCCAUGUUCAAGCUGGACCACGGCGGCAAAGACAAGGAGAAGCUGGCAAAGGCUCUCCCCUCGCUGGUGGAGCUCCAGGACUACCAGGCGGGCUGGAAGGACGACUUCCAGCUCAACAGCGCCCUCCGCAGGAAAUUUAGAACGGAGAAGAAGGUGAUGACGGAAAAGGAGGCGAAGGACGACGCGGUGAGGGCGAGGACCAACCUGUCCAUCCCGCUGCUCCCGGAGAGGGACGAGGACAAGCGGCUGGCGGCUCUGCUCAGCUACCAGACCCCCGACUCCUACGAUGACAAGCAGCGCAGCAAACGCAGGGAGAUCUUCUCGCGCUCGUGGUUCAGCUCUCCCCCGCCCACGCCUGGGGGCACCGCUCGGGGUCUGCUCCACAAGCUGAGCCUGCAGGGCAAAGACGCGGCGGUGGCCAAAGCUCUGGGCCCCGCCCACAACCAGCUCAUCCGCAGGAAGUCGGACCCGGGCCGGCGGCAGGAAGUGAACGGGUCGAGCGAGGCGGCGACGAGGCCUCAGGACUGUGAGACGACUUUGGCAAGUUCUUUGGUGCCGAACUACAGCGACUCUGACUCAGACCAUGGACACUGAGGAGAACUGUGAGUUUGUGUACAUUAACUAUUGAAUGCUGGCAUGAGAACAUCUUAGGGGGCGGAGUUACAGACACCUCUGCCAACACAACAUCCAGUUGGCUUCCAUUGAUUUUUUUUUUUCUCUCCGGAACACAAACUGAUUGCACAAAAGUGCCGGGAAGUUUGUACGUACCGCGUCACGACUGGAACUUUCCGUGCUUCACGAGCCAGCAGGCACAAGACGUUGAUACAACGUUGAUUAUACGUACAUGUCCUUUAAAACUGACUUGGAAACAACGUUGCAAAACAGUUUUAUUCUAAGUUAAAACAACGUUUAUGUCUAAGGUUGGAUCCACGAUGUUGGUUAGGAAAUGACUACAUUUCAGCGGUCAAAUCAACGUCACAACGCAACAUUGAUUAAACCUUGUCAAAAAGCG